CCUCCAAUCACAUGACUCUUCAGGCACACUGGGUGAGAGUGUUUUUAUUUUGGGUUUUAUUUUGGGUUUUUUCUCUAUGGAUAGUACACUUUUAGCAUUGAAAAAAUAUUCCACUUGCGAGAUUGCAGAUGCACUCUUGAAAUUAGGUCAAGGGCCUUGGGCAGGAUAUAUUCCUGAUAUUGAGUUAUGGUCACCCAAGUACUGUGAAGGAGACACGCGUAUUGUCGGACCUGCCUUUACGGUGAAGAUGGUUGAAAAAAGCGAUACUUGUGCACCAACACCUUCAGAGCAUUUUGUGGAUGCGGCGCAUGAAGGAAGCAUUAUAGUGAUUUCGGCACCAUCAGAUGUGAAAAACGCAGUUUGGGGAGGCUUAAUGUCGGCCGGAGCGCAAAGUAGAGGUGUACAGGGAGUGAUUAUUGAUGGUCGGGUACGCGAUCUUGGUGAACAGCGCGAUAUGCAAUUCCCCGUGUUUGCUCGGUCACACUCUAUUUUGCCACAAAACGCCUUUGUACGACCUUCCGAAAUCCAGGUUCCAAUCACACUUGGCCCAACCUCUGUUCUACCUGGUGAUAUCAUGGUGGCCGAUCUGGACGGUGUGAUUUGUAUUCCAAAAAAGCUUGUGGGAGACGUCAUUUGUAACUGUGAGAAAUAUGUUGCCAUCGACGAUCAAUGUAUGAAGGCUCUCAAAGAAGGUCAUGGUGUACGAGAAACCUUUAAAAAGUAUCGAGGAAAUUGAAGUUUUAUUAUCAUAAAAAUACAAACAAAAAAAAGUA